UUUUUAUGAAACCUGGUUGUUCAUUUUCGUACAAUAACUGUUUUUUAUUUUGAUAUAAUAUUUUUAGCUCAGUUCCCUUCAGGGAGCUUGAAUCUUUCUUGCUUCCUCAGCACGAUGACAGUUUCUGACAGUUUCUGACAGUUUCUGACCAGUUCUGCCGGUAAGCUUCGCUGUUAUCUGCUGCACAUCUUUUAGUUUCCGACAUGUAACUUCCUGUGAAACUGCGAGAACAACACGUUGGUUUCCUGAUGCCCUCUCAGUGAGCGUUCUGCUCUGCACCUCCAGGCAGCAGGGAGAGCUGACCGGACCGGCUCUGUUCUGGAGCAGUUCUGGGUUUAACCGGGUCGUGGUUCUUACCGUUUUCAGGGCUGUUUGUGAAAGCAGAAGCUCCUGCGCCGCGCAGGUGGAUGUCGGCCUGUCGGCCCGCGGCCCCCGUUCGCCAUGGCAGCGGCUCUGCCGGAGUGUUACCAUGGCGCCAUGACCAAGAGGGAGUGUGAGGAGGUUCUGGGGAGGAAGAACAAGGAUGGAGCGUACCUGAUCCGGGAGAGCGAGACCAUCCAGGGAGCGCUGUGUCUCUGCGUCUACAAACAGAAGGUGGUUUAUACCUACAGAGUCCUGCAGGCGCACAACGGAAACUACACCCUGCUGACAGCAGGAGGUUUGCAGGAAACAUAUUUUAAGACUCUGGGUGAUUUAAUCCGUAACUACAAGAGGAAGAACCAAGGUCUGGCCAUUCACCUGCGCCAUGCGGUGAAAAAGAAAACGCCCAUGUUGAUCCAGCCGCCGAGGAGACCAGAAACACAACCUGAAGCUUCAGCUGGCAGAUCAGCUGGCAGAUCCAGCGGAGCGUCGGGCGGAGCGUCGGGCGGAGCGUCGGGCGGAGCGUCGGGCGGAGCGUCGGGCGGACACUCAUUCCAGAGAGGAGCUGCUCCUUUACCUGAAGAGGAUAAUGACUAUGAGAAUGCUCCAAAUUCAGAUUAUGUGGAAGUUAUUCCAGAUUAACUCUCAAGCCAACCUCAAACCGAAGGACAACAAAAACACAGACUGAACUUUAUUUGGGAUUAGAGAUGCUUUAUUUUUUUAUGCGAAGCUCUGAGGAGAUUUGUUGCAUUUGCAUAAUUUAGAUAAAAAAACGGUGAGCUAAUGCAGAGUGAAUUUCCUCCCAAUUACUGACUCUGAAUGAGAGGAUGAACUUCUGCCGUUUCUUCUCACCUCAUUCCUGUGAGCACAGAAGAAGAAGAAAGAGGAAGAGGAGGAGAAGUACUGCACUGAAAUGAAAAAACUUUGCGUUUAGUUUGACAUUUUGUUUUACUCCUGGCAGUCAAAACCUUGAUAUUUAAUAUUCAUUUCAUUUUAAUGAUACAUUUUUGUGCUGUUUGUUCUGAUGUGUAUAAAAUAAACCUUAUCUGAACGUCAUUAAAGGGUCACAAGCUGUGAAACGCAACAAAAAUAUCUGCAAGAAGUUCCUUCUUUCAACACUAAGAAGGACGUCAAGUGAUGCUAACAUCAGCAAGACAUUCCUUCAUUAACAUGAAACAAGCUCCCAUAUCUUAAUCAGAAGUUACUUGUAAAUCAGUUCAGAUCAUAAACAAACCAUUUCUGAUUUAUGGUAACAUUUUGUGAUUUUGCAGUUUGCUUUUGACAGCAACUCAGGACAUUUCUCAACAAUGAAACAGAAGCCAGUGAGAUCUUAGACCGUAUCAGCAAACCUGAGGCCCAGAAAUGCAGAAAGAAUCAGAAAAAUCGUCAGAAAAAGUUCAGACUGAGGCUGAGGGACGUUCAGCUGACAUGCAGCGUCUCCAAGAGGGUCAAAGACGGACAUUUAAACCUGAAACUUGAUUCAAUAAAUAAUUUCUAAAUGUUUUUGUAGAUAUUUUUGGAUUACCACUCCAAUGUAAGGUUUUAUAGAUUCUUUUUUUUCCAGGUGCGGAUGUUUUCAGUGGAAACUCAAUAAAAAUAAUUGUAAGAA